AAAAUAAUUUUGUGAAAAUAUGAGUGGUCAUAUUGCCCCAAGUAAAUCAACAGUUUAUGUGUCGAAUUUACCAUUUUCUUUAACCAAUAAUGACAUUCAUCAGUUAUUGGAAGAUUAUGGGAAAAUUGUUAAGGUAACAGUAUUGAAAGACAAGGUAACGCGACGUAGUCGCGGCGUCGCUUUUGUCUUAUUUCUUAAAACGGAAGAUGCUGUGUCUUGUGUAAAAGCUCUCAAUAAUACAGAGAUGUUUGGUCGAACUUUAAAAAGUUCGAUAGCUGUCGACAAUGGUCGUAGCACUGAAUUUAUACGUCGUAGAGAUUAUCCUGAUAAAUCGCAGUGUUACGAGUGUGGACAGGAAGGACAUUUGUCAUAUUGCUGUAGCAAUAAUACGUUAGGUCCCAGAAAACCUCCAGCGAAAAAAAUUAGAAUACGAAAGAAAAAUGUGAAACAAGAUCAGUGUAAAUCAAGAUAUGUUGAUAGUGAUAGUGAUGAAGCAACAAGAAAUCCAAAAAAUAACAUUGACGACAUCAAUGACAAUAAUAAUGAUGAUGAUGAUGAUGAUGAUGAUGAUGAUAAUAAUAAUGAUGAUGAUGAUGAUGAUGUCGUUGAAGAAGAACCAGAAACGUUAAGCGCUGUUAUCGCACUUGAGCAAAGACGUACUGAAAUGGAAUAUGGAGAAACAACAGAUGACAAAAAAGAAACUAUAAUCAUACCAAGGAAACGUUACAAAAGGAAUAAUUAUUUUAGUGAUGAAGAAGAUUUUAGUGAAUAAUGUAUAUGUAAAAUCUGAAGGCUC